AUGUCAUAUGCUAAAGGUGAUAAUGCAGGUGUUAUGAGAGGUGUUCAAGGUUUAUUUAAAUUAGCAACUGGUGGAGGAUCAAAUUCUGAAGCUUAUGAAAAAACCAAGAAGACUAAAACAUCACCAGCUGAUGUUGUUAUGUUUUCAGGUUCAAAAGAUGAUCAAACUUUAGCAGAUGCAACUGAAGGUGGUGUACCAACUGGUGCAAUGAGUUAUGCUUUCUGUAAAAUUAUGGGUAAUACAUCACAACAAACUUAUCUUUCUUUAUUACAAAAUAUGAGAGAAAUUAUGGAAGGUAAAUAUUCACAAAAACCUCAAUUAUCAACAUCUCAUCCAAUUGAUGUUAAUUUAAAAUUUUUGAUUUAA